AUAAAAGGAAACGAAAGAUAAAGACAAGGAAGGGAAUAAGUAUGGUUGCUAUCAGAAGCGCCUGUACCCACGUGAAAGUGUUGCCAUUGAACAGUAUCUGCGCUUGAAAUUGUAAUUAUUAGAGACUAGAGCUUCAAUUUUGUGUUAUAUCUCCUCAUCAUUUCAAUGGCUUCCUUUCUAUUAAUCUCAUUGCUAUAUCUAUGCUCAAUCCCUCAGUUGUUCGUGUGACUUUUAUCUCUCUUUUACUUUUCCUUCAUUAAACAAGCUGUGCGUUCUUUUUACCUUUCUAAAUAAGGAUGAAUAUGAAGCUUUUUGUCUCAAAUUCCUGAAUUUUCUACUUGCUUUGAGAACACACCACCCUGUUCCCAAUUACCCCUUGUACAGCUGCUACCGUGUGAAUCAUGUAUUCUUCAAGCAGCAAUUGCUAUCCUUUUCAGUACACUCAAAACCAGAUUGACAUAACAAGCCUGAUACCAGAAGAUCAGCUCUUUUCACCUUUUCUGCACUUACCUUCAUCUUAUCUUGAUCAUGGUGAUUUUCUUCCAAGUGACUUCUUAACUCAUCAUUAUCAUCAACUACAACAACAGCAACAGCAACAAAUUCUGGGGUCCAACGCUAAUUUGGAAGCAGAGACAAUUCAGGAGAUGAACCCUUCUGCUAAUUUGAAGAGGGCAACACGAAGCAAUAACAAGAAAAAGAGAAGCAACAUGAAUGGUACAAAGCAGCCGGUUCCUAGAAAGAGAAGUGGGAAAAAGGACCGGCAUAGCAAGAUCCAUACAGCUCAAGGGCCAAGAGACCGGAGAAUGAGGUUGUCUCUUCAAAUUGCUCGAAAGUUCUUUGAUCUCCAAGACAUGCUGGGCUUUGAUAAAGCAAGCAAAACCAUCGACUGGUUGUUUUCAAAAUCAAAGGCCGAAAUCAAGGAACUCACAGACAGUCUCUCUAGACCUAGAGUGAAGAGAACUACUAGUAGUGGUGAUGGCCAGAGUGUUCCUUCUACUUCAGAGAGUGAAGUUAUGUCAUCAGGUAUCAGGCUGACGCCUGAUCAUGGAGACAAGGGUGAGAUCAUUGUUGAGGAUAACUCAUUUGUGAGCAUUACAAGACAGAAAAUGAGCAAAAAAUCAAAUAAACCAUCCCUGAUUAAUCCUCUUGUUAAAGAGUCCAGGGAAAAGGCAAGAGCAAGAGCGAGGGAGAGAACCAAGGAGAAACAGAAGAUCAAAGGCUUUGACAAGUGCAACCACUAUUCUCAAGCAAACCCUAACAAUUUGGAGCAGUUGGGGCCUGCUAGAUCUCUCGAAAAUGGUGAAAACUUGGGUUUUGGAGACCAUGAAAUGAAGCCUCUUCUAAUGGUAGCUGGUGAAGAAGAUCAUCAAGAACCUAGAACUUAUUUGAUGCAACAUCAAACGAAUUCUGUAAGCAUCGUUGACAAAACCUUUGGGCUUACAGGCCCUUCAAAAUCUUCUUCGAUUUUCGAUCUUCCUCACAACUUUGUGGUUCCAAGUGCCAGUGGGGCUGAUUUCGAGGACGAAUUUUCAGGGCUUACCGGAAAUUGGGACAUUAGCAAUGCAAGAGUCCAGAAUAGAUUCUGCGCAGUGCCAAGCAUGAAGCUAUCAAGAGGUAAUAUCCAGUACAAAACCCUAGGGAAAUUUUCAUGACCACCCUAAAUGCACAAGAACACAAUCCUAGUUCAAGUUUCAUCAUCAUCUCAAACGCCCAAGAAAAAUUCCUUACUUCGCCUUCGAUACCUUCUUCAAACACCCGUGAAGGAAACCCUAGUUCACUUUUCAUCAACUUCUCAAAUUCGGAGAAGCAUAACCCGCCUCCAAUUUCCAUGACAACCUUAGAUACUGAAGGUUUGAAUUCUCGCUUCAGGCAAGAACAACUCUCCUGCAAUCCUAAUGCUGCCGAUUAGUACGGCAGCUUAUAUCAAGUGCCUAAACUCUUUCUUUUGUGCUUGAUCAACCCACAAAAUGAAAAAAAAAGACAUAGUUCCUUUGUCUGGAAAUCGUCUCCAGUAUUGAAGCUUUUGUUAAAUAUGGAAUAAAAAAUAAUUACUGUGUUUUCUGGAAAGGUUUUUCUGGGUGAUCAGUGUUGUGUUAAGUCUUUGUUCAUGGAUAUUGGUCACUGUUUCAUGAUUUUUUUUAACUCCAGCAAAGUUGGAUUAAGAAAAGGAAAAUAGGGAGGACAUAAUGAAU